UUUCUGCACCCAACUCCCAUUUAUUAUUACCAAAACUUUAGUAUCAUUUCCUCUAUUCUACACCUUUUUGGGGAUAUAAUAUUUGCAUUCAUUUGGGCUAGUAGAGAAUGUAGGUAAACUGCCUGUCAGAAUGAAAGAAGUGAACCGGAUACGGGCUAAUGAGAUGAGGAGUAAGGAACUAUAUACAAGUACCAUAUUUUUUUAACAGUCUUUUGUUUUCUGUUUGGUUGGUAGAUUGCGAGGAUAUAACAGUGUAAAGGCUGUAGAAUUUGUUUAGGGUGUGAUGGAUGCAAUGUGGGUGUACUUGAAGGAUAAAGUUGACUGUCGAAGUAAGCUCUCAGAUGUGGUUUACUGGCCGGAAAAAGUUGUCAAGGACAGGAGUAGUGCUCUCAAACAGGAAGACUCAAGUGGCGAGGAACCUUUUCAGGUGGAAAGUCCAGUCACUCCAGUGCAUCAAGUCAUUUUCCACAGAAAUUACAUUCGGAAACGGUAUUAUGAGCUCAGUGUUGAAGACUCAUCAAGAAACGUCAUUGAGAUGAUAUUCAGAGCAGCAGCAACAAGCCCGUCCAGGGAUUCUCGGAAAAUUGAAAGGAUCCUUAGGGUGAAGCACUCCUCAGACAUUCUUGAAAGGUUUGAGAAGUACAGAGAGAUGAUAAAAAAGAAAGCGUAUGAGCAACACAAGAGGCAUCCUAGAUGCGUUGUGGAUGGCAAUGAGCUGUUACAAUUCUAUGGCACACAGAUGAACUGUUGCAGCCAAAAGCUAAACAGGGUGAUUGAGCUUUGCAAGGAUUUCACUUGUCAAGUCUGUAGAAUAAUUCAAUCGGGUUUUGACACAGAAUAUGGUAAGAAGUAUGGGAUUGCAUUAAGUUCAUGCAGCACGACAUCAAGUGGGAACACACCUGCCAUUUAUAAGGGGGCAAAUGCAAAGAGGGCCGUGAUAGUUUGCCGAAUUAUAGCUGGAAGAGUAGUUAAUAUGGUGGACAGGGAAAGCGAAGACGGGUACGAUUCCAUUAGAGUUGGAGGAUUAUACUCCAAGUUAGAAUACUUGAUUGUGAGAAAUCCAAGUGCUGUACUUCCUUGCUUUGUCAUAGUUUUUACCUGAGAUGUUUUGUGUAAAGUUUUUCUGCAGUUUGUUAUAUCAGAGGGCUCAUUUUUCA